AUGGACCUGCGGAAUGAAAGUGGCGGGUUGGAAUGGGCCAGUGGGCCCUCUUCCGGUUCUCCCGCCUCGUCUAGAUCCGCAGCCUACCUUCGUCGCUACUUGACAACCCGCGUAGCCGCAGCUCCCGCCGACACCGUGAUCUCCGCGCAUGGCCGCGGAACCCCCAUCCUCCUCGCCCGCGCGCUCCUCCCCGCCACUUCCGCCACUCCCGCCUCCGCGAGCCGCCGCUCCGCCUUCCACGCGUCCUCCGCCUCCGCCUCCGCUCCCCUCUCCGCCUUCUCCCGCACGUUCCACUCCGAUUCCUCCCCCUCCGCCAAGCUUUCCGCCACUCCUCCUUCCGAGCCGUUUGGCUCGUCAGCGCCGUCUGCAGCUUCGGCAGCCGGAUCUGGAGGUUCGGCAGCCGGUGCAGCAGCAGCCUCGAAGUCGUCGGUUUCGCCUCAGCUGACGUCACCGCCACCCCCCAAGGCCGUGCCUCUUUCGACCCUGAUGGAUAACUUUCUGGACGGCACCAGUAGUGUGUAUCUGGAGGAGCUGCAGCGGGCGUGGGAGCAGGACCCCAACAGCGUGGACAAAUCGUGGGACACUUUCUUCCGGAACUUCACAGGCAAGACGUCGGCAGAGCCAGUGCUGCGCGUGGAGGGGGGCAUAUCAGGGCAGACGAUUCAGGAGAGCAUGCGGCUGCUGCUGCUCGUGCGCGCCUACCAGGUCAACGGGCACAUGAAGGCCAACCUCGACCCGCUUGGACUGGAUGCCCGCAAGCCCCCCAUUGAACUCGACCCAGCCUUAUAUGGUUUCUCCGAAGCGGAUUUGGACCGGCAGUUCUUCCUGGGCGUGUGGCGCAUGUCCGGCUUCCUCUCUGAGAACCGCCCCGUGCAGACCCUGCGGGAGAUCCUGGCGCGGCUGGAACAGACGUACUGCGGCACGGUGGGGUACGAGUACAUGCACAUUGCGGACCGCGAGCAGUGCAACUGGCUUAGAGAUAAGAUUGAGACGCCCACCAAGAGGAAAUACGGGAAGCAGCGACGACAGGUUAUUCUGGACAGGCUCAUCUGGAGCUCCGAGUUUGAGAACUUCAUCGCCAACAAGUGGGGCGCAGCCAAGCGCUUCGGGCUGGAGGGCGCUGAAACGCUCAUUCCGGGGAUGAAGGAGAUGAUCGACCGCGCGGCAGACCUCGGCGUGGAGAGCGUGGUGAUCGGCAUGGCCCACCGCGGGCGGCUGAACGUGCUGGGGAACGUGGUGAGGAAGCCGCUGAGGCAGAUCUUCAGCGAGUUCAGCAGCGGGAUCAAGCCGGCCACCGGGGAGGACGGGGAGGACUCGUUCUACACUGGCACUGGAGACGUGAAGUAUCACCUGGGCACAUCCUAUGACAGGCCGACACGUGGCGGAAAGAGGAUCCAUCUCUCCCUCGUUGCCAACCCGUCCCAUCUGGAAGCUGUGAGUCCGGUGGUGAUAGGCAAGGUGAGGGCGAAGCAGUGGUAUGCGAGGGACACGGAGCGCAAGCGCAACAUGGCAGUGCUGCUGCAUGGCGACGGCAGCAUGUCCGGCCAGGGCGUCGUCUACGAGACCUUUCACUUGCAGGACCUGCCGAAUUACGAGACGGGAGGGACGGUUCACAUCGUUGUUAACAACCAGGUUGCCUUCACGACAGACCCCAAGUCCUCACGCUCCUCAGUCUACUGCACGGAUGUGGCCAAGGCACUCAACUGCCCCAUCUUCCACGUCAACGGGGACGACGUGGAGGCAGUAGUGCACACCAUGGAGCUCGCAGCCGAGUGGCGCCAGCGCUUCCAUUCAGAUGUGGUGGUGGAUCUUGUGUGCUACCGGCGGUUCGGACAUAACGAGAUCGACGAGCCUUCCUUCACGCAGCCCGUCAUGUACAAGGUCAUUCGCAACCACCCGCCUCCACUGGAGUUGUAUAAGCAGCAGCUGGUGCAGCGGGGACACAUGAGUGAGGAGGAGAUUGUGGAGCAGGCGAACCGGGUCGACUCGAUUCUCAACGACGAGUUUGCAGCCAGCAAGGACUACGUGCCCUCCACGCGCGACUGGCUGGCCGCGUACUGGUCGGGCUUCAAGUCCCCGGAACAACUCUCCCGUAUCCGUAAUACCGGUGUGAAUCCCGAGGUGCUCAAGGAGGUGGGUCGCCUGGUGUGCAAGCUGCCUCCGGACUUCAAAGCCCACCGCGCCAUCAAGAGGGUGUAUGACGCUCGCCUGCAGUCCAUUGAGACGGAGGAGGGCGUGGACUGGGCAACAGCAGAGGCGCUGGCGUUCGGAACUUUACUGGUGGAGGGCAAUCACGUGCGGCUGAGCGGGCAGGACGUGGAGCGAGGCACCUUCUCCCACCGCCAUGCUGUGGUGCACGACCAAGAGAGCGGGCGCAAGUUUGUGCCUCUCAACCAUGUGCUGCGCAACCAGACCGACGGAAUGUUCACCAUCAGCAACAGCUCUCUGUCGGAGUUUGGAGUGCUGGGUUUUGAGCUCGGCUACUCAAUGGAGAAUCCCAACUCGCUGGUGCUCUGGGAGGCCCAGUUUGGCGACUUUGCCAACGGAGCGCAGGUCAUAUUCGACCAGUUCCUCAGCAGCGGCGAGUCCAAAUGGCUGCGACAGACGGGGCUUGUCUGUCUCCUGCCCCACGGCUAUGAUGGGCAAGGGCCGGAACACUCCUCCGCCAGGCUUGAGCGGUACCUCCAGAGUUCUGACGACAAUCCGUUUGUCAUUCCCGAGCUAGAGGAGACCAUGACGCGCCAAGUGCAAGCCGUCAACUGGCAGGUGGUGAAUGCAACCACGCCAGCCAACUACUUCCAUGUCUUGAGGCGGCAGAUCCAUCGGGACUUCCGCAAGCCACUCAUCGUCAUGUCUCCCAAGAGCCUGCUGCGCCACCCGCGCUGCAAGUCGCCUCUGGACGAGUUCAACGACCGGCAGGGCACACCCGGGUUUGAGAAGCGCGGCACGCGGUUCAAGCGGCUCAUCAUGGACCCCCACGAGCAUGGGGAGCGGGAGGAGGGGAUCAGACGAGUUGUCUUCUGCUCUGGCAAGGUGUACUACGAGCUGGAGGAGGAGAGGGAGCGGCUGGGAGCGGAUGACGUGGCGCUGGUGAGGGUGGAGCAGAUUUGCCCCUUCCCCUUCGACCUCGUGCAGCGCGAAGUGCAGCGCUACAGCAAGGCUGAGGUGGUGUGGACGCAGGAGGAGCCAAUGAACAUGGGGGCCUAUGCCUACGUGGCACCUCGUCUUGCCACUGUGCUGCGCAGUGUCGACCGGGGCAGCUUUGAGGAUGUUAAGUACGUCGGCCGGCCUCCUUCGGCUGCUACUGCCACUGGAUUUGCGUCUACGCAUGUGAAGGAGCAAAAGGAGCUUGCUACCAAGACCUUCCAGAAGGAGGAGAUUCGUCUGUUUCCUUAG